AUGAUUCUCAUCAAGCGCUUGACGGUUGUCUCCCUAUUCUUGGGAACCCUUCUGGCCUCAGUGGUAGCACAAGACAACGUUGUGAAAGCUCAAGGCCAAGUACAAAGAACCAAGGGAAUCUUUACAGCUCCCACUCCUGGGACCCCGACUACGCCUGUCCCACCACCUUCGGACGAACCCUCGGGAACCCCCUCUGAUAGUCCAUCUGAUUCCCCAUCUGAAGCUCCUUCCGCCGAGACAGCUGCUCCUACCGUGGUCUCCACAGAUGCUGCUACCGGAACUCCUACCAAGGGGGCUACCCAAGCUCCCACGGGAUCGUCCACUGAGGCCGCUACCACGGGAGCUCCUACCGAGGGAGUGCCCGCCACAGAUGCCCCAGUGGCCGUCACGGAUUCUCCCACUGGAACAACUGUAGUGACUACUGAUGCUCCUACUGGAGCCACGGGCACGGCUUCUCCCACUGUCUCGACGGAUGAUUUGGAUGUCUGUGUCAUGUCCUGGGAUCACAGUGGCAAGGUCUGCCAUUCCCUGAUCGAGGACGAGAACAGCACCACUGUAGCGGAAGUAUGUGUCUAUAUUGCCCAUGAGUAUGAUGUUCCCAAGUUGCAAGUGACCUUCAAGGCGGUUGGAAGUUGGAAAUUGGUGCGCAACAAGUUUUGGUUGGGCACAUCCAUUCAGGAUGUGCCUCUCAAAGAUGCUGACGCCAAUGGCACUAUUGCGAUCGAUUUGGAAGCCUUUUCCGUCUUUGCCUGUAAUUCCACUGGCGUUGAAGUCUGGACUUAUCCCGUUGAUAUCGAUUGGUCGAUCUGUACGGAUGCCACCAAAAUGCAGUAUGUGUUGGUGGCAUUUGCCGAAGCCGAAACGACAGAUGCCAAUGGCGAUGUGGUCCCCGAGUCUGCCGUGACUGCCUACGCCGUCCAACAUCCCAUUGCCAAUUUGGGAUACUUCGAUUUUGACAUUGCCUGUGACUGUAGUAAAGAGCCGGAAGAUGUCUGUAUUGCUACCAUGGAUCAUUCGGGAAAACUCUGUCAUACACUCAACGGUGAAGAAGGCGUGGACAGUAACGUUACCGAAGCCGUCGCGCAAGUCUGUGUCGAGGUCGUCUACAAUGAGGUCACCGCCAAGCGUCAAUUGCAAGUGACUUUUGAUGCCUUGGGUGAAUGGAAGCUCGUGACCAACAAGUUCUGGUUUGGAGAAGACGUCAGUGGCGUACCCAAACUAGGAGACGGUUCGACCGAUCUCGAAGCAUUCGAAUACUUUAUCUGCAAUUCCACCGGUAUCGAGACCUGGACCUACUCCGUGAAUCUUGAUUUGCCCGCUUGUGCUAGCAAUGGUAUGGGUGCCGUCGAGUUUUCCAUGAUUGCCUUUACCGAAGUCGAGUUGACCGAUGAUGAAGGAUUGGCCAUUCGCAGUACCGCCUUUCGCGCAUUCGCCUACGAACACAGUUUGGGAUACGGUGACAACUGGAUGGGAUGGUUCGACUUUAAGAUUGAGUGCGAAUGCGGUGAAAAACCCGAUCCUCGCAAUUACUGUCCCGACGAUACUCCCGAACUCUACGUCAAGUCCACCAGUCCUCGUGAAUGUCACGCCAUUGUUGCCGGGGGAGACAUGCAGUCCAUGCAAGCCGGAGAAGUCUGUGUCGAAAUUGAUCACGAGGAUGGUAUGCUCGAAGUCACGUUCGAGGCCGGCACGAACUGGGCGCUAUUGCGAUCCCAAUUGUGGGUCGGAUUCGAUACCGACGCCGAAAGUGCCUGGGAUUCCAUGCCCCACAAGAAAUCGGGAGCACCCGAUACCAAGAAAUUCAAGGACUUUGCCUGUGACUGGAAGGGAGAAAAGACCGUGUCCUUCAAGAUCAACCUCGAUGUCGAGUGUGUCAGUGAUGACGAGAUUCGAGUCUAUGUCGUCGCACAUUCCAAAGUGGAACAAGUCGAUGAAUACGGUGCUCUCAUCCCUGGAUCGGAUGUGGACGUCUUUGCCUUUGAACACACGGGCGACAGCGAGAAGUGGUAUGGAUGGUUCGAUUUCAUGAUUGGUUGCCGUUGCCCAACUACAACCACUCCGGCUCCGUCGUCCCUUCCAUCUCCCACUGACGCACCAACCAGUGCUCCUACUGAAGGUAGCAAGUGCGAGGAGGAGAUGUCUCCCGAAGAUGUGGAAGAAAUCUGUUACGACAUGACAGCACCCGAGGCCUGGGAACCAGAAGCCGGUACGGUGUGUAUUUCCAUCACCAACGCAACCAUGGACGUCACCUACCGUUCUACCAAUUAUUGGGCCAUCUUUGAAUCCCAUGUUUGGUGGGGUGAUAACAUUGCGGAUGUCCCCAUGACUGACGGAACCAACGAGUUUGAAUUGUACUCAUUCCAAAACGUCAACGAUGAUCUGGAGGGUGAAACAAAUUACACUGUUCAACUGCAAAUCAGUGAUUUGGCCUGUGAUGCCAAUGACGAAUACAGAAUGGUGAUUGUUGCACAAGCACUCGUUGGCGAACCCUGCAUUCCUCCGAAUGGCACCGCCAUCUUGGGAACGGACCGCAAUGCGUACGGUGGUGACCAAGAAAUUGCAAACCCAGAUUUCCCCUACUACUACAUUGAAAUGCCGAUCGACUGCAUCUGUGGCCCAGGUCGCACAAGAGGUGAAAUCCCACCUGUGACAGGCUCUCCUGUGGCUGAUCCGACAGGCUCUCCGACUGCCAGCCCUACCGGAACGCCAUUGGCCGACCCAACAGCCGCCCCUACGGCAAGUCCUACAGGAACACCCACUGGUUCCCCUGUUAGUGACUGUGUUGCCAGACCCCCUUCUGGAGUCUCCUUUGGACCAUACAGUGGCAAUCCCCAGUGUUAUCAGACGGGAAGUGAUACGCCUUUUGGAUUUGAUUAUGGAUGGAAGAUGGAUGGUUGCUCCUCAGGUACCUACACCCUCAAUAGUGAUGGAGAGAUGACUGGGUCGUGUGAAAUUGCUGGCAUGAUCACCCUCAAUGUUGAGUGUAAUGAUGACAAGUCUGCCACUAUUUCUUGGAGUGGCGAGGGAGAUUCCUACAUUGCCAUCAAGCCACAUUGA